CCCCCACCCCCCGCUCGACUUGAAAGGACCUGAGAAAAAUUUCCCUUAGAUGACAAGCUCUUGGAAAGUUGACCACUUCUAAAGUGCUUUCACUAGCUAUUGAGAACCAUGUCUGACAACGGAGAACUGGAAGACAAGCCACCAGCUCCUCCUGUCCGGAUGAACAGUGUUAUCUUCAGUUUAGGGGGCAAAGACCAGUUGUAUGCCAACCACAGCUUGAAACCCCUGCCCUCUGUACCAGAAGAGAGAAAACCUAGGAAUAAAAUCAUCUCCAUAUUCGUUGGCACUGAAAAAGGAAGCAAGAAGAAGGAAAAGGAAAGGCCAGAAAUCUCCCCCCCAUCAGAUUUUGAGCAUACCAUCCAUGUUGGCUUCGAUGCUGUGACUGGAGAGUUCACUGGAAUGCCAGAGCAAUGGGCUCGGUUGCUGCAGACCUCAAAUAUCACAAAGCUAGAACAGAAGAAGAACCCCCAGGCGGUACUAGAUGUGCUGAAAUUCUAUGACUCCAAAGACACAGCCAAACAGAAGUAUCUGAGUUUUUCUGCUCCAGAAAAAGAUGGAUUCCCUUCAGGAACACCAACGAGCAAUGCCAAAGGCUCAGAGCCAUCCACAGCUGUGGCAGAUGAUGAUGAGGAUGAUGAAGAAACUCCUCCUCCUGUCAUUGCUCCACGACCAGAUCACACCAAAUCGAUUUACACACGGUCUGUGAUCGACCCCAUCCCUGCAUCAGCUGGUGACACUUCCGUUGACAGCGCGGCAAAAUCAGGUGACAAGCAGAAGAAGAAGACCAAAAUGUCAGAUGAAGAGAUCAUGGAUAAACUACGCACUAUUGUGAGCAUAGGAGAUCCCAAGAAAAAAUAUACCAGAUAUGAAAAAAUUGGGCAAGGGGCUUCAGGUACAGUUUUCACAGCUAUUGAUGUGGCAACGGGGCAGGAGGUUGCUAUUAAACAAAUAAACCUUCAGAAACAGCCCAAGAAGGAGUUGAUAAUUAAUGAGAUCUUGGUCAUGAAGGAGCUAAAGAACCCCAACAUAGUCAACUUCCUGGACAGUUACCUCGUAGGAGAUGAGUUGUUUGUGGUGAUGGAGUAUCUAGCUGGAGGCUCACUAACAGAUGUGGUCACAGAAACAUGUAUGGAUGAAGCACAGAUUGCUGCUGUUUGCAGAGAGUGCUUGCAAGCACUUGAAUUCCUACAUGCCAACCAGGUCAUCCACAGAGACAUUAAGAGUGACAAUGUGCUGUUAGGAAUGGAUGGAUCAGUUAAACUAACCGACUUUGGUUUCUGUGCUCAGAUCACCCCCGAGCAGAGCAAGCGCAGCACCAUGGUUGGGACUCCUUACUGGAUGGCUCCUGAAGUGGUCACACGGAAAGCAUAUGGCCCUAAAGUGGACAUCUGGUCUCUGGGCAUCAUGGCAAUUGAGAUGGUGGAAGGAGAACCUCCGUACCUCAAUGAAAAUCCCCUGAGGGCAUUGUAUUUGAUAGCAACUAAUGGCACACCAGAGCUGCAGAACCCUGAGAAGCUGUCCCCAAUAUUCCGGGAUUUCUUGAACCGAUGUUUGGAAAUGGAUGUAGAGAAAAGAGGAUCAGCCAAAGAAUUGCUACAGCAUCCCUUCUUGAAACUGGCCAAACCUCUGUCCAGCUUGACACCCCUGAUCUUGGCAGCCAAAGAAGCAAUGAAGAGUAACCGCUAACAUCACUGCCACAGCCUUCAUCCUUUGUUUGUUUGUUUGUUUCUAUUUUACAAAUCUUUAUAAUAUAUGGAAUUGUUACACUUCUGGGGGGUGGGAAGGGGUUUCAUGGGGAGGGGGGAAAAGUCUGCAAAAGGGAAGAAACUCUCAUCCAGAAGACACCCCAAAUAAAUGGUGGUGACUCAAGUGAUUCCUGUCUGGGGUCCAGAAGGAAUUGAGGACUGAAUUACUGGCCUUUUUUUUUUUUCCUUUUUAAAACAAAAAAUCAUGUUGUUUUCUUUUGCAGACAGCCCAGAAAUGCCACUUAUUGUGCCCAGGGUUUGAAGGGUUUUUAACAACUUUGCUGUAACAGCUCCCAUUCACUGUACCUCUCUGGGUACUUCCAGUACUUGAAUGACAGAUUCAAGCUUUCAGAGAGCAGUACUAAUUUUACCUGCUGAUCUCUUCUUUCACUCUCUUCUUCCUCCCGUCUACCUGGUUACUUUAAAAAUCACUCUUGGAAGCUCCCAUUUGACUAGAUUCAUGGCAAGUGUGACAAAUGUGAAGGUACAUCUUGCCCCUCUUUAGUGGAUUAGCUGUUGCUGUACUGUAGAAUUGACAACUUGGCUACAUAAGAAAUUGUCAUGUUCUUGAGCUGUUCUUUGCUUUUUCAAGAUGAAUCUGGAGGGAAGGGGAAGAGAAGUAUUCAGCUGUUUCUCAUAUAUGUGCUCUGUGGACUUUUUAAUCAAAGAUGUGGCCUCUUUGUAGAAACUUCCUGAUUGGUCAAGUCUUUGGAUCUCAGUGUAUGGAUGUGUGUAGGUAGGGGUCAGAUACUUUAUUUAUGAUCAAAUGAUCAGCUAGAGUCAGGGCAAGAAAAAAAUUCCAGCUGUCUUCCUGUCUGCUCCUUUUUUUUUCCCCCCCCCCAAUUAGACUUGCUGGCCAGAAGCUUAAGGGAUAAUGUGCUUGAUGUGGUGGGUGGUUCAAAAACAUGUAUCUGGGGCUUUGGAAGUUAUGCUGGUGCCUUUGACUUUUUUAUGUUACAUUUUCCUUCUUUGUAUCAAAUACAUUUUUGUAUAUGUUGUAAUUUCCUCCCCUCCCCCCCCCCCCCCCAAGCAAAUAAUGCAUCAGCCUAUGGAGUUGUCAGGAUUUUAAGUGUCAGAGCUACUCUUUUCCAGUUUAGUCUGUGCUCCAUUUGUACUAAUGCCAUCAGAAGAACAAAUGGUCAGAUCUGAGGACACUGAAGAUACAGGAUUUUAAAAAUACUGACUCACACAGAAGAUGAUGAACACCUGGAAAUGCCCAAGUGCUGUUCUGAGAAGAUGAAGGCUGAGAGAGGAGAACAGUGUCAUCAGACACUCGUGGGGCUUAUUUGACUGACUGGUGCCAGGCUGAGGAGAUGGGAUGUGUUGUCACACUGAUCCUUUCUCACUUAAAGACAUUGGACCAGCUGAAAUGGCUUAGGUCAACCAUUCAAUGCAAGAAAAAGUGCCUCCCUCUGCAAGACAGUGAGCAACUUGAGCAGUUGAGUUCUUGGGGUGUUACCAGGGGCAAGUGCAGAAGAGCCUGUGCCCCGGCUGCUUCUGGCACUGCAGUCUGUGCAUUUCCACUUCCCCAACAGCUUAACCAAGAGCCAGCUGGAUUUACAAUGUGCCAAAAUGAUUCUGUGAAAGAAUUAACUGUUACUUUGGUGGGAUUUUAUUGCAUUCCCAGUGAGGCAGGAGCUGGGACAGAGAGUGGGUUAUGGCCAGGUGUGGACGGAGGACCCUGAAUCAAAACUUUUUGCACACUUUGGCAAAGAUUGCUGGCAGAAGAUAAGAGUGUUGGUGUAGCAAGAGAGCUAACUGUGCUUUGGGGACUGGUGGCCAAGGUAGGAGGGAACCAGCUUCCAGAAAUAGAGGAGGUUAUUUGUGUUGCUGGUGGAGGAGAAGCAAGGCUGGGGCCUUGCAGCCUCUGCUGCCUCUCAGAGCUUCUAGGACGUGCUGUGGUACCACCAAGGGGUCUGUGGUGCAGGGCCUUGCAGUGUUGCAGCUCAGCUUGGCUUCUGCUCUGGAGUGGCAGUCAUUUCUGUCAGGUAAAUGAUGCUAACUGCUCUGUCACAGGAAGAAAUCCUCCUUAGGUGCAAGUGUCAGAGCAGUCACGGUUCUAAAUCCAAGGAAGCGUCUCAUUCCAGGCAAGUGAAUCUAGAUGCAUUUCCCAGCCAAGAUGGAUGAUGAGCCAUGGAUUCUGGAACCCCAUUGUAAGGGAGGUGUCCCCAGCUUGAGUGCCUCAGGUUCCCUGGGCAAAUGAAGCAGGUUUGGCUGAGAAAUCCCAAAAUCCUGUCGUUCCCUCUUUGUCCAUUGCUGGCAAUGGACUUUGUGAAACUCCUUGUGCCAGAGUUUAACUUGGAGCUUUUCUGCCUUUUUUUCUUUUCCUUGUUUUGUUGGGUUGGUGUUGGUUUUUUUUUUUUGAUGACACCCAUCUAGAGAGUCAGAGAACUCGGGACAAAUUGAGUUGUUUUUUUUAAAAGUAGAAACCCAAGAAAUCAGAAGUAAUUUUAACUUAUUCUUUUCACUUCUACGGAUGAAUGAGAAUGGUUUCAAACAUGUCUUACAAAAUUUGCCCAGUUUAGGUCUAGUUGGGAAAUGAUUUCCCACAGAAGUUACCAGAACAUGUCUUGGUGCUUGCUGUGGGACCUGGAAUGGUGUUUAGCUCUGAAGUCCCAAGUGUCCACCUCUCCCCUUCCCCAGGCAGCAGUUUUAUUGUUUCUCCCCCCCCUUCCACUGCCAGAAAUGAGGCCAGAGAUGGAACUGCCAGCAGAGGAGAGCCAGGAGGAGGUUGCUGAGCUCCCUCAGCCUCUCCUGAUAAGACUUCAGGUGUGCAGGAGAUGUGUGACUCCUGGGAUUUCCUUCUUCUCACAGGAUCAACCCAGACUUCUCAUGAAAAGCCACCAUGGCUCUGGGAACGUGCACUUUGCCUUAGGUGUUAAUGUGGCUAAUUAGGGGCUUUCCCCCCAGCUCUGAGGUGCAAAAGGGGGUAGCUCGAGGAGGUGGGAGAGGAUCCCUUUGUUCAGAGGGGAUGAUGGGUGGGCUUUGGGGGGAGCAGGGAGGUUGUUAAGGGUCUCUCCAGCUGGAGGUGAAGAAAUAAAUGUCUCUGGUCUGUUUUCCCUCUGUCCCUCAUGCUGUCAAUGGAAAAGGAAGUAGGUGCAAGCUUUCUGGUUUAUUUUUUUAACUGUCUUCAGAUUUUAAUGUUGCCUUUUGUGUAAUUUAAUCCCAUUAUGUUAUUUAAUUGUUACUGCAAUAUUAACUACUGUAUUUGUUGACUUUGUUUAAUAACUGUUCUUUCAGGGCUAGAAAUAAACUUUUAAAAAAAACCAAAA